GAGGGAGCGGGGAGGGCCGGGUGGAGGCGCUGAGGGGCCCGCCGGUCGUCUCCCUCCCUCCCUCCCCGUCUGUCUCGCUCGCUCGCUCGCUUUCCCGCGGUGUUUGAGGGGAGGGCUCCGCCUCCCCGCGCUCCCUCCCCCGCAGCAUCCUUCUUCGGAAGAAGGAACAUGGAGGCGGCCCGGGCAGGCCACCUGUUCCAGCACUUAGUUGAAACACUGAGCGACAAUGAUGACAAAAAGUUCUACAACAUUGCUAAACUAGGAGGCACCAAAUAUGAUAUCCUGCCUUACACCAUACGGGUAAUGUUGGAGACGGCUGUCCGCAACUGCGAUGGUUUCCUAGUGAAAGAAGGAGACGUUAUGAAUAUCCUGGACUGGCAAGCCAAACAGAACAACAUUGAAGUGCCCUUUUGUCCUGCCAGAGUCCUCCUCCAAGACUUCACUGGAAUUCCUGCAAUGGUAGAUUUUGCUGCCAUGAGGGAAGCUGUGAAGAACCUUGGAGGAGAUCCUACCCAAGUCCAUCCUGCCUGCCCAACAGAUCUUACUGUGGACCAUUCUCUGCAGAUUGACUUCAGUAAAUGUGCAAUACAGAACACUCCCAAUCCGGGCGGGGGUGAUCCCCCACGAACCCCUUCCUCAAAACUCUCUCCGCUCAAAGCUCCUCAAAAGCUCCUGUGCCGAGACCAGUCCAGCUGUAAAGGACCGUGUGAUGGAGAAUCAAAGCGGAACCUGGGGCAAUUUUCUGUGCAGAUUGAGAACACGCCCCUGCUGUGUCCUUUUCACCUUCAACCAGUGCCUGAGCCUGAAACAGUAUUAAAGAAUCAAGAGAUGGAAUUUGGAAGAAAUAAAGAGAGACUCCAGUUUUUUAAGUGGGGUUCCAAAGUUUUCAGAAAUGUCUCAGUAAUUCCUCCCGGAACAGGAAUGGCCCAUCAAAUGAAUCUGGAAUACCUGUCAAGAGUCGUAUUUGAUGUCAAAGACUUCCUGUAUCCUGACAGUGUUAUUGGCACAGAUUCUCAUACAACCAUGGUGAAUGGCUUGGGAAUCCUGGGUUGGGGUAUGGGUGGAAUUGAAACAGAAGCGGUCAUGCUGGGACUACCUGUCACCCUCACUUUGCCCGAAGUGGUUGGGUGUGAACUGACUGGGUCGGCCAGCUCGCUCGCUACAUCGAUAGAUGUAGUCCUGAGCAUCACAAAGCAACUAAGGCAAGCAGGGGUAUCUGGAAAAUUUGUGGAAUUCUUUGGCCCUGGCGUUUCCCAGCUUUCCAUUGGGGACCGAACCACCAUCGCAAACAUGUGUCCCGAAUAUGGUGCUAUUCUGAGCUUUUUCCCUGUAGAUGAUGUAACAUUAAAACACUUAAAGCAGACAGGCUUUGAUGACACCAGGCUUAAGUCCAUGGAGGCAUAUCUUAAAGCUGUGAAACUGUUUAGAAAUUACCAGUAUUCUGCUAAAGAACCUGAAUAUUCCCAGGUAAUACACAUAAACCUGGGUUCUAUAACACCGUAUGUAAGUGGUCCCAAAAGGGCCCAGGAUAGAGUGGCUGUGACAGACAUGAAGAGGGACUUUCAAGCGUGCUUAAGUGAAAAGGUUGGCUUCAGAGGCUUUCAGAUUCCUGCAGAAAAGCAGUGCGAUGUAAUUCCUGUUGAAUAUGAAGGAAACGAGUACAAGUUGGCUCACGGGUCCGUUGUCAUCGCUGCUGUCAUCAGCUGUACGAACAACUGCAAUCCUUCUGCAAUGCUAGGAGCAGGUUUGUUGGCUAAAAAGGCCACUGAAGCUGGUCUGACUGUUAAACCUUACAUACGAACUAGCCUGUCGCCCGGGAGUGGAAUGGUCACGCACUAUCUCAGUUCCAGCGGUGUAUUACCAUACCUCAAUAAACUUGGGUUUGAGGUGAUUGGUUAUGGCUGUUCCACGUGCGUGGGGAAUACAGCACCUUUGCCAGAAGCCAUUCAGACUGCGAUUAAACAGGGUGACUUGGUUGCGUGUGGCGUCGUGUCAGGAAGCAAAAACUUUGAAGGCCGACUCUGCAGCUGUAUCCGUGCCAACUACCUGGCUUCUCCACCCCUAGUCGUUGCUUAUGCCAUUGCAGGAACUGUGAAUAUUGAUUUCCAGACCGAACCACUAGGUGUUAAUCCUGAUGGCAGAAAUAUCUUCCUGCGUGAUAUUUGGCCUUCUCGGGAAGAACUUCAGCAAAUAGAAGAGGAAUUUGUAAUAUCAUCCAUGUUUAAAGAAUUGAAAAUAAAAAUGGAGAAAGGAAGUAAGCGUUGGAACUCUCUGGAGGCACCUGAAUCAACUUUAUUUACCUGGGAUUCGAAGUCUACAUACAUCCGAUGUCCUUCAUUUUUUGAUAAGCUUGCCAAAGACCCACUUCCUCCCCAGUCCAUUGAAAAUGCACAUGUCUUGUUGCAUUUGGGAGACUCUGUCACAACUGAUCACAUCUCGCCAGCAGGAAGCAUUGCGAGGGGAAGUGCUGCAGCGAGAUACUUGAUAAAUAAGGGCCUCACGCCCCGCGAGUUCAACUCGUAUGGGGCUCGUCGGGGGAACGAUGCUGUGAUGACCAGGGGCACCUUUGCAAACAUCAAGCUUUUGAAUAAAUUCAUUGGCAAGCCAGCUCCUAAAACAGUCCACUUCCCAACCGGACAGAUGCUGGAUGUAUUUGAUGCAGCUGAGUUAUAUCGGAGAGAAAGCGUGCCUCUGAUUAUCUUAGCCGGCAAGAAGUAUGGAUUGGGCAGCUCAAGAGACUGGGCUGCCAAAGGACCCUUUUUACUGGGAGUGAAAGCGGUGAUUGCAGAGAGCUAUGAGAAGAUCCAUAAAGGUCAUUUGAUUGGAAUGGGCAUUGCGCCACUUCAGUUUCUCCCCGGGGACAGUGCACAGUCUUUGGGCCUAACUGGCAAAGAACAGUUUUCUAUCUUCUUCCCUCAAGAGCUAUCGCCUGGAAUCCCCCUGUGUGUGAAGACGAGUACAGGAAAAGUGUUCCACGUGGCUGCCUCACUUGACAGCGAUGUGGAAAUAACCUUGUACAAACAUGGCGGCGUUCUGAACUAUAUGGUUCGAAGGCUGUUGUAAAGCCCCUUGACACCUCGGAGGACUGCGACCCAGCCAGCCUCUUGACGGCUUGUCCAAGCCUUCCUCUCCCGCUGGAACUGCUGACAGCCCCCUUGUGCUCAGAUACUUUGUCCAUGGAUGUAAAAGAUUGUGAAAUUGUUGUAGUAACUGCAGCAAGGUCCUUCUGGAUUUUAAAAUACCCGAAUGGUGCUAUUGACAUUGCUAGACGUUGAUGUUCGUGUUGUGAAAAGAGAUCUGUAAGUAUGAGGGGAGGGGGGUUAUCUUAGACCAUUUUGUAUAUAAAUUAUGUGAAAAGCUGAAACUGAAUUGUGAAGAUUUUAAGCAAGAUUUCCUGCUGUUCUUUCCUCCCUUAAUUUUUGCACCUUCUGACUUUCUACUGCUGUUUAUUGGUUUGAGCAUAGCACAUGGCUUAAGGAUGAAUGAUUUCCUUGUUUUGACAUUCAGAGGAUCCAAGAUUCUGAAAAUAAACCAAAAAAAACACACACACACACACACACCCCGAUCCAGAUUGCUGUAUCAGCCAUCCGCUAGAAAGCUUAAGGGGGGCUGACGUAGCUGAUGCACUCUUUUACCGACUUUCCCCUACUUGGUGCCUUCCAGAAAGUGUAACAGUUCUCAGAAUCUCAGCAGUGGCCUCGUUGGGUGGGGAUUUCUGGGAAUCCGUCCGCACACUGAAGGGGAUACUCUGCUCUGUGAAGAGAGACUCUGAUGAAAAAUCCCAAAACUGAAAUUCAACUGGGGAAAUUGAUGUUUUCGAAACAGCAGCUCGCAGUGAUCUCUCUGGCUCCCUAGCUGGACCCUUUGAUGAGUGGCUAUCAUGGAAUUUAAUUGGAUUAUUUUGCCUCUUGCUGAAACAGCGUCCACCUUCUUUCCCCAGCCUGCCUUUGGCUGCUAAGAGGAAUUAAGCGGUGUGGUCUGCCCAUUGGAAGAACAGAGGAGAGUUUGGGGUGCUUCUUUUCGGUCUGUGCAGUGAACAAAACCUGUUGGCUUUAAAAUGAGUUGUGUCCGAUUCUCUUCCAAUCAUUCUGUACUUUCCAAAACCACAUUAUUUGUGAUGGCAAGCGGUAGUGACUUUACUCGGAGGAGCACUCUCCGAUUAAGAAUUCCCUAAGUCCCCAGGUGCUUACCGUAAUUUUUGGUUUAUUAUUACGGGAAUUUCCGUGGCAGAAAACAUCCUAACUCGCUAAAAAGUCUCUUCCGCUUGUUGUUCAUAGAGCUGUGUUUUUUUAAAGCCAACAGACUUCAUGUAAUCGAAUAAACACUCUACUUCUAGUAAAUGGUAUGUCACUAAAAAUAUCCAUGAAGUUCUGAAAGACAAAUGUAAUUUGGACACUUGCUAGAUUCUUUUUUGAGGCCAAGUGAUUAGAAAUAUGUUUUACGGAGGCAUCGAUAAAAAGUCUGUGGAACGUUUCUGCCCAGUCCUUUUGAACCUUAAAGAGCUUGUUGAAUUUUUCCAGCAAGCUCUUUAAGCAAGUAUCAUAUACAUUUUCUUUUUCUUGAAUGAGUAUUUUCUCUACCAUAUCAGCUGUGCUGUAUGUUUGCCUACCUUACUGUUUUAUUAUCAGUUCACUGGCAUAGAUAUCUUUCCUUUAUUAUUGUAUUUGAAUGAAGCGCUUGGAGUUCUGUCUUGAUGAUCACAAAUGGCAAAAGAUAAUAAGGAUUAUCUCACUUUUGAUAUCUGAAUCAUUUCUUUGGGCUUCAAGGCAUCUUCUUUAUUGUUAGGUUAAGGAGACUGUUCUCCUCUGGUCCAAAGUAAAAUGCAUGCUCCUAGAAACCAGUGUGCCUUACAGACACACCCCACGGUCCUCUAGCCCGAAACCAAAAACAGCGCUUGUAACUUCAGAUUCCUUCCAAAGCUUGGAAUUGGGGAGAUACUGCAGACCCUUUUAGUAAUCUGAGAGUAAUGUGGAGUUGAGCAUUGCUUAUAAAUGGCCUCCACCUAUGUCUAGGUGCUGAUAUUUGACAUUCUUGUAAAUGGGUGGGUUCAAAUGGCCAUCUCCCCCCACCCCACCCAGGUUGCCGUUUUUCCUAAGUUUAUGUAUGACCAGUCCAGCCUGAUGUUUCUGGCCUUAUAGACGUUAGGAGAACAGCCUGAUCGCAGUUCUCCAAAUGUCAGGUCAGAAUUAUGAUCCAUAUUAGGUCAAACUCAGUGACAUGGCUUGGCUUUCCCCUCUUAAACUUCUUGGACUUUGCAACCUCCAAAAGGUGAUAUUUUGGAGGCUGCAACCCUACCCUACCUUUUAAAAAAAAAAUUAAAACAAUUUCCCAUGCACGUCUGGGAAGAACUGACUAUAAAUAGGUUCAGUGGGUGACGGACGUAACAUGUUAGUUAUCACAGGGCUUGGUAGCAGAGUGCUCAUAACCCUCCUAAGUGACGUUGGCGAGUUUUAGUAACAGGCUGCAAUCCUUGAGGUGACCAAAUCUCAAAAGGUUUCAGAUGCUUUUAGAAGUGAGUGGGGUGUUUUCUGAAAGUGCUAGUCCUCACUGAAACUCUGAAAACCUCUUGAAUGAUAUCAUAACCUGUAGCAUAUCUGAAUUAAUUCCCCCUCUAAACCAAUAAAAACAUAAUGAUUUGAACACUGUGAUUGGAGACUUGCAUGGUCCUAUUAAUUGAAAGUAAAUCUGCCUGUUUGAAUUAUUUUCACCUUGGCGAUGCACAAUGUAUUUUAGUCAGAAGGCACCGGGCGUUCCAUAAUCUACCGUGAAUGCUAAUCUUGGGCUCUUAAGCCAGGCAGUAUCACAAAAGCUGGAAAUAUGCCUGGUUUUCCCAUUCUCUCUUCAGUUUGGCUUCUGAAAAGAACCAUAAUUGAGCCUUUGAGAAGGUCAUUACCAAACUAGGAGUGUUUUAUCAAUUAUUCACAGCAAAAGAAUACGCGCAUUUUAUUAUUCUCAUGUGAGCCACUGCAACUGAAUGUCUGCUCUUUUAAGCCAAUGUUAACGGUAUACAAUGGUUUCCAAUUCGCUAAUAAGUAUUGUAUAGACAUCUUAAAAGACGAAGUUCGAUUUGCUGACAAUUGUGCAUAAAAUGUUAAACUGAUGUAAAUUAUUUUUAAUAAAGAAAAGUUGUACCAUG